CUUCCGCAUCAUAAAAAAGAGAGAGAAAAAAAAGAACAGAAACCUCUACAGUUGAAGAGUUUCAAAUAUGAGAGGAGUUGCCUUAUUGUUGGUGUUGCUACUCUGCGCCACUUGCCACCCAGCGCAGUCUGUUCUUGAUGGUUAUCUUGAAAAUGGAAAUUUCGAGCUAGCACCAAAGCCCUCAGACAUCAAGGGCACAGAAGUGAUCGGCCGCUAUGCCAUUCCAAAGUGGGAGAUUUCCGGGUUCGUGGAGUACAUCAAGUCAGGCCAGAAGCAAGGGGACAUGUUACUGGUUGUGCCUGAGGGUGCUUAUGCAGUUAGGCUUGGAAAUGAGGCCUCAAUUAAGCAGAGGAUCAAUGUGACCAAGGGUAUGUACUACUCCAUUACAUUUAGUGCAGCCAGGACUUGUGCUCAAGAGGAGCGCUUGAACGUCUCUGUGGCACCAGACUCUGGUGUGCUACCAAUUCAGACAGUGUAUAGCAGCAAUGGGUGGGAUUCAUAUGCUUGGGCCUUCCAAGCUGAUUUCCCACAGAUUGAGCUUGUUUUGCACAACCCUGGAGUAGAGGAAGACCCUGCUUGCGGUCCUCUCAUCGAUUCAAUUGCCAUCCGAACCUUGUAUCCUCCUCGAGCAACCAACAAGAACUUGCUGAAGAACGCUGAUUUUGAAGAAGGUCCAUACAUGUUUCCCAACGCAUCAUGGGGUGUUCUCAUCCCACCAAACAUCGAAGACGAUCACUCUCUACCAGGAUGGAUGGUGGAGUCUCUCAAAGCAGUGAAGUACAUAGACUCGGACCAUUUCUCAGUCCCGGAAGGCAAACGGGCAGUGGAACUUGUAGCAGGCAAAGAAAGUGCAAUUGCACAAGUUGCACGCACCAUCCCCGGCAAGAGCUACGUGCUAACAUUCUCCGUCGGAGAUGCUAGCAACUCCUGUGAAGGGUCCAUGAUAGUGGAGGCAUUUGCAGGGAAGGAUACAGUGAAGGUUCCUUACCAGUCCAAAGGAAAAGGCGGGUUCAAGCGCGCCGUGCUCAAGUUCACGGCGGUUGGUACCCGCACUCGCAUAAUGUUCCUCAGCACAUUCUACACCAUGAGGAGUGACGACUUCUCUUCCCUGUGUGGACCUGUUCUUGAUGAUGUGAGGUUGUUAAGCAUUCGCAGGCCACGAAGACUAUGAGGACCUGAUGCGAAUUGGAGGGUUUAAUAUAUGAAUGUGAGGCUGUUUGAUGAGGCCAUUAAAACCAAGCUAAUACAAUGCGGGGUUGUUUGGAUAUGCAUGUGAACAUCUCGGUUCAUGCUAA